CGGUUUAUCGCGCAGUAGUAAAGCUUAAUGAGUUUGCAUGAUUCUCUGCAGAACCUAGAAGUCCCAGUGUACGCUGCUGAGUAGUCAAGGUGGGUUUACUUUCUUUAAAACAAGCAUGCCAAUCAUAAAACAAAUUCUGAGGCUAACCUUUGUUUACAGAGCAAGGUUAAGAUUUCGUCUUCAGUGGUCAUGCAUGAUUUAGAUAUUCAACUAACAACAGUCAACAUUAUUUACUGAAAAUUUUAAAGCGACUAAGUAUAAAUUUCAUCUAGGUGUGAAAUAAAUUUAUCAAUUUCAAAAUUUGCAUUAAAAAAAUUCAAUGAGUGUGGUACCGUACAUAUUAUAAUUCUAGAAGGUAAUUCUGAAGGAGAGCCUUUUAUGUAUAUAUAAAUUACUUUUUUUUUUUCUUUCAAUCCAUGAUAUGUUUUCUAAUAAUUCUCUUAGAGGGUUUUGUGAUACUUCAAGUAGUUUACCAGUUUACUUUAUUCCCAUUUUAACAAGUAGUUGGGUAGUAAUUGUUUCUUAUUGCACAUCCCAUUGAUAUCUACGUUUUAUAAUUCAUAUUUUCAAAAUCAAAUAUAUUUUGGCUAUGGUACAGUUUUGCAUCACAAACACAUUCAACUGCUUACUUUAUUGUGAGUAGUCAGUCUAUAUCCUGAUACCAUCACAAUAUUGAUGAUGUCACCAACAUGGCGGCACUGGAGUCAUUACCACCCCGGCAGUCUUACGGGACAAGUGCGAUGAUGUUUUAUUUUUUUUUGUGGGGGGCAUUCACAUGCUUGUUUUGCACAAAAUAUGUUUCUUUACUAAACUAACUUUUGGGUAUUGUAUUCUGCACUACAAUACAGAACCCUAUACUGAAGAUAUAUUACCCAUGGUAUCAGCUUGUAUAUUAUUAUUCCAUGCUAAGGGGGAGGGGGAGUGAGUGAAUAGGGAGAUGUCCACAUCUUGACACGGGGUGAAAGCCCAAUUGUGAGCGGCAUAACAGUCAAUUCAAUUCAAUUCUUCUCCUUUAGUAUAUUUUGCGAUACCACUUUUUAUAGUUGUUCAUUUUCUAAUUGAUUUAAACAUCCAGAGUAUUGUUCAGUAUACUAUAGUCCUACUUAUUCUAGUAUAUAACACAAUAUGUUAUCGUAUUCUGUACUACAGUUGCACCUGGUUGACUAUAAUUUUCAAUACUGCUUUUGUAUGAUUUUAAUUGUUAUUACUUUUUGCUAUAUUUUAACAUCUCUGUUGUAAAGUAUACUUCAACCCUACUUACGAUUCACCUUACCAAAGAAAAUAAACUUUAGGCUACACCUAACUUCGCAAAUGAAACACACACAAAACACCUCUUAACACAGCAAACAAAAUCCACUUAAACCACUACUACAAAUCACAAAUAUGUAAAAACUAUCAAAACCAACUUACCUUACUUGGUUUUAAGGCAAUAAACACUGUCAAUAUUAAUCUUGUAUAUAUUAAAUUUACAACAUAAAAUACACCAUGCUACCAUUUAAUUAAUUAAAUAUAUGAAACAUGAACCGUCCCUUUCUUGGUCACUACUACAACCCCAAACAACACAUUCUGUCUCGACACUGUACUGUUAUAUUAAUUCCUUAUACAUAAACCCAACCUUACAUUUCUCUCGUGACUACUACACCCAUUACCACACAAAUCCAAUAUUUUUCUACCUACUAAGCAAUUCUUGUGUUUUUAUUUAUUCACUUCAUACUGAUAUUCCAUUCCACUUCAAUCCUACUUGUACCUCAACCAUUACUAUUGCUCCAGAACUGACACAGGCUAUUUAGUCUUUCACGUUAACCAAUAUUACAAUAUUAUAUUUCCCUUCAUUCCUCAAUUUAAGUUUUAUCGUUCGACUUUCCAGCCAAUAGUAAUGCAUAGGGGCAGGCGUUUUUCGCGAAAUGAUCUGUACGCUUAAUAGACUGCAACAAGGUAUACCUGAACCUGUGGUUUAUUCCUCGCGAUUGGCGGCCGUCUGCGAGAGAAGUCGUUGCCUUAUUUGACCAAGCCAUUCAGGACGCGUUUGCUUUCGCACUGAAUCACUGUGAUUGGUGUUGUUACAAUCGAUAUGUAUCUGGGAGAAACUCACCCAAUCACGAAACUCAGACAAUGCUACAGUGUUUUAACUUUCAGCUAGUCUCGAAAUCUUUUCGCGAAAUAUGCAUGCCCCUAGUAAUGCACUGUAUUGUGUAUCCAGUUUAUACAGGGUGUCUACUGACCCUGGAAAACCUAGAAAAAUCAGGGAAUAUUGUAAUCAGGGAAAAAUCAGGGAAUUUUUUUAAAAAUCAGGGAAUUUUUGUUUGGUAGGUUGUAGUUGGCAAUACGUUUUUUGUUUAUUGAUCUGCUUGCAUUGACGUAGCAUCAAGUGAAUCGUGCCCCAUUUUUUUAUUUUUGAAUGGAAAAUAACGAACCGUUCCACGUCCAUUUUCUUUUAUUUACCAUCGGAUUCGGAAGUGGCGUUAAAUCACGUGAUACAAACUGGUUCAAGCUGGUCUGUUAUCCUGCUGACGUACGUACUGCAGCAUGUACUUCCCACGUUCGGAUUAUACCGACAGGUGCAUUUAAUUUUAAAUAUAUAUGGAUGCCCUCAACGUAAACUGGGCAUUUUUGUUAGCUUUGAGAAUACAUAUCACAGACACUUUUGGUGAAGAUUCGCCAUCGUUGCUACAAAAUUGGUAGCUGUAGGCUUCAUACGGUCCAUGGUGCUUUCAAAACUGGAAUUUCUGCUAUAAAAUUGGACGUUGUUAGUUUUUUGAGGCACAGUUAUUAUUUGUUUAUGCAUGUACCUACCUGCAAGGAGGGCAGAUUACAUUAGAAUAACUGGAUCAGAGCUUUUUUCCAAGAAAUUUUGUGCAAUCAGAUGGAAUACUGCAGUUGCUGAGCGUGCCAUGAAAACCCCCACCUAAAUAAAUUUGUUAGUGAAGUUUCUAUUUCAUCUGUGUCUUUCAGUGUAGUGAAAAGUACUCUUGAAGAAAGUAAAAUUGACAUUCUUCUACUCUUUGGCAUCAGAGCUGGAAUUGUUUCUCACAAUGUUCCAAAGUGAAGCACCCGUGGCACUUUUUCUCUAUGAUUCACUGGUAGACAUUUUAUUAGCUUUGGCAGGAAAGAUUUUGAAAGCAGAGGUACUAAAGAGCUUUAGGGAGAAACACAAUGUAUCUCGAUUGGAUGUAGAUAACCAGGAAAAUCUAUUGACUGCUAACAAUAUCAAGUUGGGUUAUGCAGUACGCCAUGCCAUCAAGAAAGAGAAAUUACCAGUAAAGUCUGUCCUGUUACUGAAAAAUGAUGUUAGGACUUGUCUAAAGGUUAUGGUAAAAAAACUUCAAGACAAAAGUCCCCUGAAGUACAAACUUACCAAGGGAAUUUCCUGCUUAUGUCCGUCUGUGAGGAAACAGAGUGUGAAUUACAGUUUAGAAUGUUGUCUUCAAAACAAGUGGCUAUAAGGACAAGAAGCUGAUAACAUUGAGUGAUCAUAUCAGUUGGUAUGUUCCUCGCAAGAUUCUGAAGCAGUGUUCUCGUCUUUUUCUCGAGAAGACUGGCGCCUUGAUCACUUGUGGAUGCUCAUUCUUAAGGCACAUACAGUAGCUGCCAAAACAGGCCUUCUAAAGUUUGUGAGGAUGAUGUUGGUACUUUCCCAUGGAAAUGCAUCAUUGGAAAGAGGAUUUUCAGUAAAUUCUAAUUUGCUGACUGAAAACUUGCAGGAAGAAAUACUGAUCGCACAAAGACAGAUGUACGACUUUGUUCAACGUUCUGGAGGUGUAGAGCAAGUUGAUAUCACCAAGUCCAUGUUACAGUAUGUAAGAAAUGCUAGUUGUAGGCGUAAGGAAGCCCUGCAAACAAAACAAAAAGAAAAGGAAGCUACAGACAAGAAGAAGGCAGAAAAAGAAGAGUUGAAGAGGAGAUCAAGGCAUUGCAGUUGAAGAAGACUCGAGUGUUGGAUUUGGCUUGUAGCGGUUUGAACUGUGCGCGCUGCAUCGGCCUCCGGCACUCCGCUCCCCUCCUCCUUCUCCCUCCUUCCCCCCCCCCUCCUAGUGGUUGUUCUAUGUCUACUUGUUCACCCCCUCCCUCCUUGAUUGGCGCAUGCGCGCGCUGCGGCACGAUGUUAUAAAAGGAGUUGCAAACUGGUCAGGAGCCCCUUUUCUUUCUUGAUUUUAGUCAGGCUCGGUUGUCAGCUGUUGUAAUCUACGAGCAUGUAGUCGGUUAGGUUCAGUUUAGAACUACGUGGGUGUGCGACCUCAGGGGAAAAUGUAAGUUGGUUUGAGUUGUGUGUGAGGCGGUGGCCCUUACCGUAAUGUAGAGUCAUUUAUUCUUAAAUUGGUUUGUCUAAAUUCCUUUUCGGCCGCCACCUUGAAAAUUGUUUAGUUUGAAUUAACGCAUUAAUGUAACUUCACUGUCAACUUGGUUUUUAUUGGUAACUGUCUCCCCCUGAGACGUCGUCGCAUGUAUUUGAUUAAUUCUCAUUAAUGUAAAUUCCCUCUGUACUUGUAACUGCACUUUGCAGUAGUUCUGACAAACGUAACUAUGUAAAAUAUUUCCUUAAUCGUAACUGCACUUCGCAGUAGUUUUGUACAACGUAAUGAAUAUAAUAUAUUUCUGUUAUUUUUUAAUUGUAACUGCACCUUGCAGCAGUAUGAAAAAUGUAAAAAUGUUUGGAUUUAACUGCAUACUUGCCACUGCCUUUGCUUCGCGUCAACUGCGCAUUGUAUGAUGGGAUCGCUUACGGUGUAGCCGGCGUACCUUCAAAGCCCGUUUUGUCUAUCAUCAUUGUUUUUGAUUUUUGUAUUUAGCCUUGCCUAAAUUGUAUUCACUUAACUUCAUUAGUAACCUAAUGUUAUGAUUUGAUGUUUGAAUAAAAUGUUUGCAUACCUAAACUGCUCCAUUCACGUAAACCCCAGUCCAUGCCAGGUUCUGGCCAACUAUCCCAAUGUUCCGAAGCUAGACAAGCUUUACAGGCUUGUUCUGAAGCAAGUGCAAUAGACGCAAAAGUUGAGUCACUGCAAAAUUGAUGGGAGCUUCCUUUUACUUAUGUUUUUGCAAAAGUGUGUGAAAUAUUUGUAGCAGCAUGUUUUAUUUGCUAUCAAUUGAGUCACUUUGGCCACGUCUGGAAGAAGGUAUUUUUUUACUAAUUUAAGUGAGUUGAAAUACUUUGAAACCCGUCAAUGUACUGUUAUGCAGUUUUUUCAGUUUCGUGGAAUGUGGUAAUUGUGUUACAGAAAACCUGGAAAAGUUCAGUUUUAGACCUGGAAAACCUGGAAAAAACAGGGAAUUUCAUUUACUAGAUCUGGUAGACACCCUGUUUAUAUCAAAAAUUUAUAAUGCAUAUUUUUAAAAUCAAAAUUUUUUUGGUAAUUAUACAGUUUCAAAUCACAAACACAUUCAAAAACUUACUUUAUUUAAAUUUGUUAUGUUAGAAUAGCUACUUUUGGAUGUGAUACACAGAACAGUUUAUAUUUUGCUAAUCGUACAGUUUUGCAUCACGAACACAUCCAGGACAUUUAUUUAAAAUGCAACUGGAUACACAAUAAGGAACAGUUAAGUUCAUUAAAGAUAAUAGAACAGUUGGUUAGGUUAGGUUAGCUACUUUAUUAAGAAUACAGUUAAAACAUGUGAACAGCUUCGUAAAAAGUAAUUACUUUAUAAUAACAAGGAUGGUUAGGUAGGUUACUUAAGGCCUUGCCCCAAUCAACAUGGUAUUAACACAUUGUUAGUUAUAGUAAUAAACUCUUUCACCAUAUAAAACUAGCACAAGUGCCUGACUACAGCAAACAUAAACUUCCCCCAUUCCUUUGUGUAUUUACGUUGUAUUAGUUUUUGAAUAAUUAAUUUUGCUGUAGUUGAUAGUAAGGAGAAUUUUGUAUUUACAGAGUAAAAGCCAUAAUAGCACAGGAAUUGCAAAACUCAAUGCAGAAAUACAUUUUUUCUUCUUUGGAAAUUGGACGGUGAUAUUUAUAGUGAAUAGUUUAGAUUUUCUUGUUUUGAAUUUUAUUUUUAUCUUGAGAGUGACCAGGUCUCAUUAUUUAUAAGUGAUUAUUUAUCUUCAUUUAUUGCUUCAGUUUCGUCUCGUAACGGCUUCAUUAUAUGUAAGCUUGACAUAAUCUUCAAAUCUUUUAGGAAUAUUUUUGCACCGUUUAUUUCCUCCACUGCCAUUGGACGUUAGUUCAGCUGCAACUUCAAAUGAUUUUAAUCAAAUAUUUUCCACAACUUAUUUAGCUUUCAAAGCAUCAACUGAUAUUUCAUCACACAUAUUAAAGUGGUUUGUCGUUUCCCUCAUGUUUUCCAAAACUCAAAUCAGGAGAAUAUACAAUUCUUCAUUUAGCUUCAUCCCACGGACAAUCUCCAGUACCUACUUGAGUACUUGUGUAGCCGACAAAUCAACUGCUUGCUCUGACUUCAGUUUUUAUAAAACUACUCAUUAUUUUCCAGAGUGAAAAAAUGAUUGUGAUUCUAAAACAGUUCAAUUAGUUUAAAAUCUUUGUUACUUACAUUGCUUUUCAUUUGGUUACUUUUCUCAAUCUUUAGCCUAUAAAAUGGUGAAGUGUUUACAUUAUAAAUAAAAAUUAAGUUAAUGAACAGUUUUAUACUUUAACUUAUGCAUUAAUAUUACAGUGUAACUAAUAUGAUUAACACUUUAUUUCUGUAUCAAUCAAUCAAAACCAUUUUUUAAAUUAUAUACAAUUUGAAAUUUCUAAUAACUAAUAAAAUAUAGAAAUUGUAUUUAGUGAACCUCAAACACUCGAGAAUAUUCUACUAGUUCCAUAAAAUUAUUCACCAAACCUUAAAAUAAAGACAGUAGAAAUAAAUAUGUAAUAAUUUAACAGAAGUGGCCUACAUUAAAUAGGCAGGAAAUAGUAUAAAUAAUUCAUUGUAUGUGUUUCAAAACGUUGCAAAUUGUAUGAACUCGCACAAACAUUCUUUCAAAACUAUUUGGGCUGUAACUCUGGCUGUGUGAAUCUGGAGCUUCACUCUGUGUAGCCAGCAGAUUCUAACAUGGUGGAAAUGGUACAAAAGUGGAAAAUAAAAUUGUUUACCUAGGUAAAAAACUAUAUGUAAAGUAUAAUGCUACAUGGGUACAUUACUUAGUGUUAUUUGUAGAUGCAGCAAAAUAUUUAUUAAUUUGAGCAUCUACCUUCAUAAUUUACCGUUCUACCAUUUAAUUCAUUAAACAUAUGAAUCAUGAACCAUCCCUUUCUUGGUCACUACUACAACAACCCCAAAUAACACAUUCUGUCUCGACACUGUACUGUUAUAUUAAUUCUAAGUUUUUUGUUGCAAAGUUUCUGUUGAAAAACAAAUUUAAUUCUUAAAAAUGUCUUAUAUCAUCACACAAUUUAGCAGCAUACAAGAUCCACGUAAACAGAGUCAUUUUAUCGAACAUGGUGGUGGUGGUGAACAAUAAAAAAAAGACUUCUUUAAAAUUGAUUUUACGUUUUUUUUGAGCCAACGUAAAAUUCUGUAAUAGCUUAAUCAAAUUUUGUACCUGGCAAUAAAAAUAUUCAUCGACGGCUGGACCAAAAGCUUGGAUUUUGGAGGGAUGAUCUUUUCAGUGCCCGUCGACAGUCCGUUUUCAUUUCAAAAUAUGUCGUCAUACAGAAUGGGACAGGCCUGUCGUCCUCAAAAAUCGAUGAGUAGUAACAAAUUUUUUUCCCCCUUGUGUGGGGCUGUAAUACAUUCUCUAAAAAUUCUUUGAAAAACUUUGUUGUCAAUUUUCCGGAUUUGGAUGAUGUGAAGACAAUGUUUUGAUUUUUUUUAAAGGUAUUCAUCCACUGUUAUUUGCACUCUUGGACCAAAUGAACCUGUCGUCUCUUGAAGGAAAAUGAAGACGAAGAAUAGCAAUUUCCCAGUUAAUGUUACAGUGUGUAUUGUGUAGUAUAUGAGCGAGUUACUUUAUUCAUAUUCUGCCUUUUCACAAGACCUACGUUCGUUCCUUGGGUCUUGAGAUUCGACCAUAGGUCAACGGGUAUGGGCAGCCUUAAACAUAUGUAAUAAAAAUAUCAUAUACAGAAUUUUUACAUCCAUUAGUGAUGAAGAAUUAGACAAUUUCGUUACAUACCUGUUUGAUCUGUAUCUCUGCGAGAUUCUUAUUGAAGUUUGGUAUCAGUUUUCAAGUCUGCAUUCAAAAAUCUUCGGUGGCAGCAAGCAUUUCUUCUAGUCUUGUCAUUUAUAGUUCGGUUACAUUUUUGGUUAUUUUCCUGUGAUUGAAGGUUCGAACCAAGGAUGGGAUUAGUGUAAAUCAGUCAAUAUAUUAAUAAGCAAAUUUUUAAAAUAAGUUUUGGUAUUUUUCCGAAAUGUUUGUCUAAUGAUUGCAUAUUUUCAUUAUGAUGAUCAGUACAGCCGAUCUGAUGGUGGAUGAAGUAUGGUGAUUGAUUCUAGUGCACUCUAGCGGAUAAAAUUUAAACCAUUAUGAUGGCAGCAUACUCUUACAGAUGAUGUGUGUAAUAUGUGACACUAGCACUCCAAGCAGCAAGCAUUCAAAUCAAAGAUGGUGGAUGCUCACUAGCAGACCAGACGACUUGUACAAUAUGCGACACUAGUGCUUCUAGUGGCAAGUAUUAAAAACAGGGUGGCUAGGCCUUCAACAGAUAUUGCCAUAAAUCCUCCAAAUUAAAAAAAAUUAAAAGUCUGAAUAUGUGUUAGUCCGGUAUAUGUCUCAGUGGCAGUGUACUUAAAAGUAUAAGUUUUCCAUACUAAAGGUUCAACCUGUCAUGGUUCGAAUCAUCUUGCUUCAAAUGUAUUUUGUAUAAAAUAAUUAAAUUUAGUGUGUCUAUAAUGGUCAUAAGAACACUGGUAGUGAAGGAACAUUAACCUUAUUUGCAUGGUAUAAAGCGACACUGGUACACUCUAGGAACAAAAACAGCAGAAACAAACUUUCACUGUCGACUUAGUAGCGACGUUUCGUUAUGUCCAGCUAGCAACACAGGUGUGUCUCCUGAUCCCCACUUGCUAUCACCAUAAAUGAUUAUGGCAUAAGUGGUUGAAGAAAGCAGGAGAAAAUUUCAAAAUGACUGAGGAGUGGGGUGCUAGAUGGUGAUGACCAUAACGAAAUGUGAAAUGUUUGGGGGUGCUUAAAUUUGUUGGCUGCGACAGGUCAAGGUAAUCUACGAUGGAGGGGGUCAAAAGAAUCCAAAAUGGUGGUCGGCUCUUGGCUUUCCAUCCAAUAUUUAGUGACCCCAUACCUACCAAUACACUUAUUCCUUCUACAGAGUUUUGUGUGCAGUAAAUUUAUUUAAUUUUUUUUACAUAUGCUGAUUGUGGCUUGUUUUCUGUGUUUUUUCAUAUGCAUCUUUAUUGUAUAUUAUUCAGUUUUUAUACACAUAGUGUAACAACCAAUGGUGCAUGUCCAAAAUAACACUUUAAAACACACUUUAGGGUUCUGCCAACACAUUGGGAUGCCAUGUGCAGGCAGCGCAUAUGCAUUGAUGUAAUAGGACGUGACUCGUGCAGAUGAAAUACAGCAGGCUUCGCUGCUGGGAGCAAGGUGCGAGGACAUAAUCCUCUUGAUCUCGUCAUCACCAUAUGUGGCUUGAUAACCCGCGACCAAUUGGGUGUUCUGGUCUUAAAAUACACAUUUUUCUAGCCAUAGUCUCAACACAAGCCUAAGUGUAGCAGUAUUCGCAGGGGAGCAUUAUCACCAUCAAUGCCAAUAUCAACCUCGAAUAGAGUGAGUGUUCUCUGGUCCUGUUAGACUUGUCCUUACCAUAGUUUCAGCUCGAGUCUGGUUGCGGUAGUAGUCACAGGGAAGAUUCAUCGCUACCUCUGCUAUGUUCACACUCGCCAAGUGAGUGUUUUCUAGUCCUUUUAAACUGGUCCUCCUUGCCAUUGUUUCAGUUCGAGUGUGUUUGCAGCAAGAAUAGCAGGGAUGCAUCAACGCUAGCUGUGACUUGUUCACCCUCGCCAAAACACGUCGACCCGGGCCGCAGAGAGCGAUGCCCGCCUGGCCUGCGCCGGAGAUGAACUUAUGCCUACACUGAAAAGAGGGGAGGGUGUGGACGAGGCCAGGAGGCCGGGAGGCCGGGCAUGUCUCCCUGCAGCAAGGACCCCGCGGACUCGGCGCUGCUGCUGGCCGACAAGCCCUGCUCGGCCGGCGCCGCUCGCCGCCUGCUGCGCUGGUUCGCCAGGCUGCGCCGCCCCGCCAUGGGCAAGCCAGGUGUCCUGGAGAUGACGGCCACGGAGAACACUAUCAGGUUCAGCGGCCACACUCUGGACAAGGCCACCAAGGCCAAGGUCACCCUGGAGAACUACUACAGCAACCUCAUAGCCCAGCACAUAGAGCGCAAACAGAGGCUGGCCAAGCUGGAGGAGUCCUUGAAGGACGACAGCCUCUCCGAGUCGCAGCGGCACGAGAAGCGACUGCAGCAUGCGCAGAAGGAGACAGAGUUCCUGAGGCUGAAGCGGUCACGCCUCGGCGUGGAGGACUUCGAACCACUGAAGGUGAUAGGGCGCGGUGCGUUCGGUGAGGUGCGGCUGGUGCAGAAGAAGGACACGGGCCACGUGUACGCCAUGAAGAUCCUGCGCAAGGCGGACAUGCUGGAGAAGGAGCAGGUGGCGCAUGUGCGCGCCGAGCGGGACGUGCUGGUGGAGGCCGACCACCAGUGGGUGGUCAAGAUGUACUACAGCUUCCAGGACCCCAUCAACCUCUACCUCAUCAUGGAGUUCCUGCCCGGAGGCGACAUGAUGACGCUGCUCAUGAAGAAGGACACGCUGUCGGAAGAGUGCACGCAGUUCUACAUCGCGGAGACGGCCCUGGCCAUCGACUCCAUCCACAAGCUGGGCUUCAUCCACCGCGACAUCAAGCCCGACAACCUGCUGCUGGACGCGCGCGGCCACAUCAAGCUGUCCGACUUCGGGCUGUGCACGGGCCUCAAGAAGUCGCACCGCACCGACUUCUACCGCGACCUCAGCCAGGCCAAGCCGUCCGACUUCAUGCGCUCUGAUUGGCUUGCAGCCUCCAGCCCCAUGGACAGCAAGCGACGGGCAGAGAGUUGGAAGAAGAACCGACGUGCGCUGGCGUACAGUACGGUUGGCACCCCUGACUACAUAGCGCCCGAAGUGUUUCUGCAGACUGGCUAUGGUCCUGCUUGUGAUUGGUGGAGCUUGGGCGUCAUCAUGUACGAGAUGCUCAUUGGCUACCCGCCCUUCUGCAGCGAGAACCCGCAGGAGACGUACCGCAAGGUGAUGAACUGGCGGGAGACGCUGACGUUCCCCCCGGAGGUGCCCAUCUCGGAGGAGGCCAAGGACACCAUCGUGAGGUUCUGCUGCGAGGCGGAGCGUCGCCUGGGCUCCCAGCGCGGCAUGGACGAGCUGAAGCUGGCCCCGUUCUUCCGCGGCGUGGACUGGGACCACAUCCGCGAGCGGCCGGCCGCCAUUCCCGUCGAGGUGCGCUCCAUCGACGACACCUCCAACUUCGACGACUUCCCCGACGUCAAGCUGGAGAUCCCCGCGGCACCGCUGCCCCAGGACGGGGAAGUGAUCUACAAGGACUGGGUGUUCAUCAACUACACCUUCAAGAGGUUCGAGGGCCUCACGCAGCGAGGGACUCCCACCAAGAAGUAGUCCGCCCCCCGCCCCGUGUAGAGACGAGCUACCCUCACGACGAGCGCCAGAUGUGCUCCUUAUUUAUUUCACUUACCUGCAGAAUGUGCUGAAGGAUCAUGAAUUUGGAAUGUGACAUUGACAUUGCAUUUGCUUUAUUGUUCAUUUUUUUUUUUCAUUUUGUUGUUUUAUUUGGUAUUAGAAGUUGCACUUAAUUUAUUGUACCAAGCUGUGAUUUGAUUUUUUUUCCCAUACAGUUAGAGCUGUAGGGACAGAAAUAUUUUCUGGAAUUAAUUCUGCAAAAUAAAUUUUGCAGCUGUAUGAUUUACAAAUACUUUAAAGGUCAUACUUCAUUUUUAUUUUAUUUUUGUAAGAAUAUAAUCACAGGAUUGUGAAAUUUCUAGAAAUAGUUGGAUGUGUUUUAAUUUAUUGAUACUUUACAAGGACAAUGUGGUGGACAUUUGUCAUCUCUUGCUCGUCAUAGAAACAUUUUUUUAUAUGUUGGAGCAACCAAUACUACUAAAAAAAGUUAUUUUUUAUCACAGCAGAUUUAUACCAUAUAGCGUGUCUUUGCUCUGCCAGUGUCUAGUGUUUGGAAAUACGUACAUUGGAACUUACUAUUUUUCCAGUUGUGCUAAAUAGGCUUGGAAGCAUUUUGGCUCCAAGAGCAACCAUAACCUAAAGUCUAGUUUGAUUGAAGUAUUUAGAAUUUAGAUUGAAGUACCUAAUUUUUGCCGAUUUUAAGCAUAUUGAUCAUUUGAGCAUAUAUGAGCAUUUAUUGAAUAACAAUUAAAAAACAUCAAUGCAACCUCUGUUUCUCUUUAUAAGUGUAGUUAGAAGAUGGCAUUAAAAGCGUUUGUUUCAUUUUACUGUACUCAUCAGAUCUGUACUAUUGCUGGUGGACUGGUUGGUGUGAUUGCUGUGCAGUCAGUUUCUUGGGUUGUCACAUUUCAUUUGAAGCUCUCACUAUACAGAACAGCUGAAAAUAUUGUGUUGGAACUAACUUGAAGUUAGAAAACAACACGUGAAACUAUCCAAAAUUGUAGGAUAUGUUGUGUAUUGUGUGAAUGUUUUGGGUAUAAGAAAGCUUUAAAAGGUCUGUUGGCUCUGUGCUUUGUGAUUCUACAACAUAAGCAUCUAGCAGUUCUGAAAAAUGGAAAACUUGUAAGUUUUGGUUUAUAACCCGUAAGAAUGAGGAUGUUUACAUUAAACUAAAUCUUGUAAAAUAAGUUCUUCAAUAAUGUGGACUGAUUGAUAAGAGUUAAACUAGCUGUUGUCAGCUAAGAUUGGUUUUGCUUUUUUGUUUUGCAGUAGUCAAAUACGUUGAUUCAUAUUGGUAAUUAUGUGCUUAGACGUACUACCAAAAACUAAGGGCUGGUUUCACAAUGUCUGGUUUUGCCCAAAUUAAGUUUUGAAUGAACAAUCUUAUUAAGCAAGUUUUGUGUUUCUCAGUGUAUGGUUAACAUUAACAAUGAUGAAUUUGCCUCUAACCAAUGAUUAUCAAGCAUCUUAAAUUUAAGAAUAGUUCAGAUUACGUACUAGGCUAAUCAAAACAUUUACAACAAUUUUUGAAACCACUCUUGAGGUUAUGUAGUGUACUUAUCAAAAUAUUUCAGAACAAGGAUGGGGAUUGGUUCUUGGCUAUUAUUAAGGGGCUAUGCUAGUGAGUGGUGAUUAUCAGCACCCCAACCAAUGUGAUGUUGGUUUAAUUCCCGGAACUCUGAGCCAAUUGUAAAAUGGGGUGGAUGUUGCUAAGUGUUGGUGGGUUUUCUCAGGAUACCUGCAUUUUCCCAACUCAGUGUCUACUAGUGGUUAAGCUUAAUUUAUUAAUUUCUUGUUAUUUUAUAAAGUAAUUUAACAUUUGAUUAUUGUAAAUAAUAUAAUAAUCAGAAUGAAAUUUAAAUUUAGUUUUCUCAUUUACCACAGAAACACAUGUGAAAACUGAUACAUUUCACAACGAACAGAGCCUGCACAAUUAUUUCCAAAGAAUACGGGGUGUAAGAGAAUGGCCAGAGCCAAAUAAAGUGGAAAUUAGUAACCUAGUAGGAAUUAAUUCAUUUUAUUUACAUUUUUUUGGUACAUUAUGAUGGCUAUAAGAAACUUUAAACAUAGGUAGUAAAAAUGGCCCUUUUUAAAUGUAUGAUAUUAAUUGCAUAAUUUAGUAAUUAAUUAACAGAAAUCUUGAAACUAUUUGCAUUAUGUUAGUAUUGAAUUCAUUAGUAGAACCCUGUUAUAACAUUUUUCAAGGGGAAAAAGGGGGAACAAAAAAAAAACACAGGAAAAUGUUAUUAGCCUCAAAUAUCAAUUUUGCACUUGUCAGUGUUAUAGUUUUUUAUCAGUGAACUCAUCUAGCCAUGUAAACAAAUUUAAUGUUAAAAACAGUAAUGGGUACUCUUAAAUGCUUAGAUUUGCUUAAACCAAGCCAACAAUUUUCCUUCAACUUCAUGGUGCUUCAACUGCCACAUUUCUGUAAAAUUGUCUGUGUCCAGUUUCUUCGCCACUUAACAUGCCAUCAUGAAACACUUGGCAAACUAAAACAUACGUACGUACAUCUGAAAGCACACCAGAAUGUCAACAAAUGUAAGGAUUUGUUAUUUUGUUUUCCAAGACGAAGAUGUUAACAGACACACAACUGCAAACACAUGUACCUUUCAUAAUAUGGAAUAUGCAGAAGUAUAAUUAUUUUUUUUUUGCAGUUCUUGAAUUUUAUAAAACAAGCAAUGAAAUAUUAUACACAUAAUGUAAAUACAUUUUCUUUACGGGGAAAGCAUUGGGACUUAAAACGUGACAUUAUAAACAGAAAAACAUUUAUUGCAAAACAGGGUUCUAUUUUACUAAAACAAAGUUAUGAGCUGAUAUUCAGAUAAUUUUUUGCAUUAUCUGCAGCAUGAACUUAAUCUAAAUUAAAAUAUUUUAUCCCAUUUUUUAUUUUAAUUUUCUAAUUUUAGUCAUAAUAUUAAGCCAUCAUAUGCCUUAUUAAACAUCUUCAUCUAUAUAUAUAAAAAUUUAGCUUCCGUAUGUAUUUGGCCGCAAAACUCGGAAAGUAUACGAUGGUUUGGAUUGAAAUUUUUACAGAACAUUGCAUCUUAACAGAAGAGUGUUUAUAUGAAAUAAAAGUUUGGGAAAAUCCACCGGAAAAGUCGGAAAAAAAAGUUUCUAUAACUAAAUAUCAUGGUCACCCAACUUAGUUGUGACCACGCUCGACGAUGCUGUACCAUAUUGUCGAAGUUCAAGCACAUCAGGCUACUCGACCAUUGUGCCUUGACGACUAUAAUUUACACAAAUAUGUAUAUAUAUAUAUAUAUAUUUCAAGAAAGAAUAAAAAACUUUAUUUAAUUUGAAAGUAUAUUCUUUCGACUCUAUUGAUAAAAAUAUGUUUAAAUUAAAAAAUAUUCAAAUUUUUGGAGCACAGUAAAAAAAAUGCAUUUAACCACGAAUAUGCGAGUUAAACUUCAGAACGAUCCAACAGCAGUCAUAUUUUCAAGACAAUUAAUUGAAGUUGGUAACGGCACUGUACCUACAAAUCCAGAAACAGGAAAAAUCAGCUUAUCAUCUGAUUUAUGCAACAUCGUAGAUUCAAAAGAGGAAUUAGUAGACAAGGUAUUCCAAAACAUCGAAACAAAAUUCAAAAAUCAUGCAUGGUUGAGCGAAAGAGCCAUUCUAGCGGCUAAAAAUGUUGACGUACACGAUAUGAACAAUAGUAUUAUAAACAGAAUCGAAGGUGAAACAAUGACAUACAAAUCUAUUGAUUCAGUAGUGCACCAAAAUGAAGCAGUGAACUUUCCAACGGAAUUUCUCAAUUCACUCGAUGUUCCAGGAUUACCACCACAUAUUUUGAAUUUGAAAAUUGGUGUGCCAAUUAUAUUGCUUCGAAAUAUCUGUCAGCCUAAAUUAUGUAAUGGUACACGAUUAGUAGUUAAAAAAUUAAUGGAUAAUCUUAUUGAAGCAACAAUUUUGAUUGGACUUCAUAAAGGUGAAGACGUAUUACUUCCACGAAUGCCACUUAUUCCGACAGAUAUGGCGUUCGAGUUCAAACGACUUCAAUUUCCAAUACGCCUUGCGUUCGCUAUGACCAUCAAUAAAGCACAAGGACAAUCUUUGCAAGUGUGCGGUUUGAAUUUAGAAAAUGAAUGCUUCUCUCAUGGACAGUUAUAUGUCGGGUGCUCCAGAGUCGGUAAACCAUCUGAUCUAUAUGUUUAUGCAAAAAAUGGGAAAACAAGGAAUGUAGUCCUUCCAUUAGCUUUACAAUAAAAAUAUUUAAGCUAAACACAUUUUUAUUUCUUCUAUUACAUUCCACAGCCAUGCACAGUAAAAUAUUAAAUUAAACAAUGAAUUAAUAUUAAACUGUGCCACAGCAAAGCGUGGCCGGGUUUAGCUAGUCCUUUAUAAAAUAACAUAUCACACCUAUUGUUCUGUUAUUAGGUUCAUGUUAGGUUUUUAUUAUUUUAAUGUUUUUUUUCUGCCUAAUUUUCAAGGCACAUGCCGAACUAGAAUUAAGUUAAAUGAAGAUUGAAAGUGCAUUUCCACUUGCAUUCCUAAAAUGUUAAUCCACUUAUGGAUUCUUCAAUGCCAUUUAUACACUACAAUAUUUUGCAUAAGGUUUCAUCAAGUUUAUUAUCUCCUCUUAAAAGUAAGUACAAAAAAAUAAGUUGAUGUUGAAUCCCAAUGUAAAGCAUCACUGUAUUAUCAGUAUUGUUAGUUCUCAGUUUGUGCCCGGCUAAAAGACAAACUGAUCCGCACAAGACAAAAACUCUUCAGAAUAUCUUCAGCUAAUUAACAAAACUGUUCAGACAAGUUCAUAAUUUUUUGAGUUUUGUUUUCCAGAUUUGAAUGUAGGAAAAUUUAUAGCUUUGCCUUGCUUCCUCUCUACUAAAUGUACAAAACUUUUUAUUAAUCUUAAAAUUGUGCUCAUCUUUAUAUACAAUAUUAUGUGUGUAUUUUCCAAACUCUUGUGGCAGACCUACAGACGCUGGUAUACUGCACAAGUAACAGCCAUUUGAGAAACUUUACAGUAACAACCAUUGGUUCAAGGAUCCGUGUAAAUUUAUCUUAUAGAAAGUAAAUCAAUAUUUUAAACACACAUUGUGAAACUGGUUUUUUUAAAUUUUUUUUGGGUAGAUUUUUUAAGUUAUAACGUGUGCUGUAAACUUGAUAUAUCUGCAUGAUGUUUGUGCCAAUGUAUGGAAUUGUAAGUGAUUUAAUAGACAGUUGUUGCAAUAAAGAAAGGUGAGUGUUGGAGAAUAGGCUAGUGUUUGUGUUAUUUAAAAAAAAGAAGAGUUUACAUAUCUUACUACAGUGAAACCUCAUAUUUACAUUCACACUAUUUAUGUUUUCAUGUAAUUUAUAUAGUUUUGUUAAAGUAACUGUUAAAUUUAGCUUUGAAUCAGUGUUAAACAUUCUCUUAAAUUACACUUCCCUGAAAAUUACUAUCUUACUAUUUAAGUUUCAUAACAUUGAUAAUCACCACUAUUUUGGAAUGAAAGGCACACAUUAAGUCAUAAAUGUGAAACAGCAAACAUAUUUUGAAAGUAGACAUUUUACUAUCUCAAAUGUACUAUUUUUUCUACUACAGCACCAUUUGUUAUUUAUAAGUGGUGUCCAUAAUGUACUUCACUGUUAUUUACACUGUGUAGCAACAUGAAAGUGAUAUCUUCAUAUCAGUGAUUAUCUAUUGAAAGGUGGAACAGCAUUGUUUUUGCUUAUAAAAGACAUUAUUAUGUAUUUAACACCUGGUGUAAUGCUUUUUUUCAAACAAAUACGUGAUUAAAUUCUUUAAAUGAAGUUUUUUAAUUUUUUUAGUGGAGAACAUUGUUGUUAGACAGAAAAUGGGGAAAGAAAAGUGAAAAGAAAAACUGAGUUAAUCUUUCACCAUAUUGUUUAAACUUUUCAUUCGGGUAAUUUUAUAUUUUACGUACAGUUUUUGAAUAGGACCAUUGAAUGGCGUUAAAAAGAGUCCAGUACUGUAUGUUAUUCGGUCGUUACUGUUGAAAUAUCAAAAGGUUAAUGUUAUGAAUGUAUCAAAUACUGAAGCUAUGUGAAUUGUAUGAAUUACAACAGUAACAUAAUUUUUUACCAUAAUUGGCACUUGUCUGCAGUUCACAGUUUACCCUUGGAGGGGGAAUAAGGGGUUUCACUGUGAGUAACGAGUCUGGCACUAUGAGUGGCAGGAACCAUGUGAUUGGAAUAAAACAAUGUGUUUAUGUUUGUAUUUUUAUAGAUAUUUAUCACAUUUCCAUUUACCAUUUCAAAAUGUUAAUUUUGCUUCUAUUUUAAAAUUAUUAGUAUUCUGAAAUUAAUGGAAUUUAGUAUAUAGACUUUUUUAGGCUGGCAUGUUAGAUUGAUCGUGCAUGAGAUUAAAAUUCAAGCUACGUAUGUUUAACAUUACAAAAAGUUAGAGGAUAAAAAAAAAUUUUUUUUUAGGCACACAUAAAUUGGUUUUUAUAGAAAUAUUAAUUUGCUUUUAUAUUUUAACAUUUUAAUUGAUGCAUUUGGGUUUACCACCAUUAUAAGUAUAUUUAGAAUUUUUAUUACAAAUUUUGUUGAAGCAGUUAAUAAAUUGUGCUACAUGCAUGUAACUUAAUUUUCAGUCAAAAUUUUUAUGCUACAGUAAGUCACAUAUUUUUAGUUUUCUUAUGUUGUGUGAUAAUUUUUUUGUGACAUAUUUGUUCAUUUCUAAAUUUAUUUAUUUUUUCCAUUUAAAAGAGAAAACAUUAAGUUAUUAAGUUCUUUCUUUGUAGUCUUUGCUUGAAUGAGUUGUAGAAUGUAUAUUGACAUUAGUUUUAUUAUUAUAACUAAUGAUUGUGUGGUUUAAUAUUCUUACAUGUGACAAAUAUUAGUUGUAUAGAGGUUAACAUUAAUAUUGUGUGUUUGCAAGAAAACUUGGCACUCAAGAUUAGCAAGCACAGCUUCUCUAAGGCUUCGUCACCAUCGGUGAAGCUGAAAAUACUUUCUUUUCCUUACAGCAUGGUUAUCAAGCAUUUUAUAUUGGCUACAAAAUUACUAACAUGUUAAAAGUUUGGAUUUGUGAAUUUUGGAAUCAGCAGUUGGAAUUCAGGCAUACAGAUAGUGUUUAUUUAUAAACUGUAAACCACUACUUCAUUAUAGCAAAACAUUUUGCUAAAGCAAUGUUUUGAAUCAAAGAUUUUUCGGAAUAUCGUAAUGUACGCACAUCUGUGUUGUCUUGCACGGAGUUACUAUUUCAUAAUUAUUUAAUCAUUGAUUAUCUUCUUUUACACUUUGGUUUAAAAUAAGAGUACUAGUACCAAUUGGCAAUUACAUUUUUAAGUGUUACUGUAUUUUCCUGUGUGUAAGACAAGAAUGGUAUAAAAGUAUUUACCUUAAAGCUGCUGAAGUAGUCUUUGUGACUGGCCUUAUGUCACUGUUGCAUAGAGAUCGCACACAUUGUUUCAUGAAAGAUCAUGGGAAAGAGCUGUUUUAAUAAUGAAUUGACUAGCUUGAACCAGGUUUUUACCCUUGAUUUCACACUUAAGACCUUCAUGUCAUGCUUCACUUACUGGUGUGGUUACACUUUCUGCGCUGCAGAAUUUGAAAGCAAGGUAGUUGGAACUGAUGUCCCCAUUUUGUUUAUAAAACUGCUGUUUGGUAAGUUGUAGGCACGAACUAUGCCCUUAUCUUCUGAUAGGGCAACCGCAUCCUGACUGAGAGUGAGUCAAAUGACAGCAGUAUUUUUAAAGCUUCUUCACACUCACAAAAUUACCUCAAAAAUAUUCCCAAAUAUGGCUAUAUUGUUUUAUACUUAAAAAAAAUUAUGCUGUCUUGUCUUAUAUACUGGAAACUAAGGUAAUACUUUGUGACUGCUGUGAUUUUGAAAUGUUGGGAGUUAGAAGUUUACUGUUUGAGAUGGAGGAGUUUCAGUGGCUAUUCUUUUGUCUGUGCAGUGCUUGGCAUAAAUUUACAUUUAGAAAACAAAUACAAAGUGAAAAAUUAGGACUAGGUUAAAUACCGUGUUUUAUCCCAUAAUCGUCGCAUAUUUUAUACUAAAAUCAAGUUUGAAAAGUAGGGGUGCAACGUUUAUGCGAGAAAAAGAAAUUUUUGUUAGGUAAAGUUAUUCAUAAAAACAAAACACAUUCAUGGAAAGUACGUUUAUUUAAAAAGAGCACGCCAAACAAUUUAAAUUAGUAAGUCAUGCAACAAAAACCUUUCUUCAACUUUAAAUAGAAAAACAAAAUCUGUGACUAGAAUGCGAGCCUGAACUAACUAUCGUCGUAGUAUACACCACUAAAGGCGGGCCAUCAGAUGUAGUUAACUUGGCACUCGACAGAGAGCGCGCGUUGCAUACAAUCGGCGAGAUAUAAGUGGUACACCAAGGCUAUGCAGACGAACAGAUAAAGGUUAUAACAUUUAAAAAGUCUUCAAAAAGAAAAUUUACACUUCAGACAACUUCGUAUUUCUGUUAAUUAAAUAAGUGGUAAUGUCCCAAUAAAUAUAUUUCUACUUUAAAAUACAUAGUUUUAUACGGAAACAAUUCCUACACAAAGCACACUGAAUCUAAUAGCUAGACCAAAAACAUCAUGCAAAUUUUACGUGAGAGGUUUUUUAAUCCAAAUUUUGACGCCCUAAAAUAUCGGUGCAACGAUUAUAUGCGUGUGACGAUUAUGUGAUCAAACAUGGUAGUGUAAUUUGCAUUUCUUAUGAACAGUUUCAGAAAUAAUUUUUCAUGGCUUAUGUACUUUAUAUUUCCUCCUUAUAUCCUGUUUCAGUCUUUUAAGACACACAUCAUUAGUAACUUACGUUAUGUGGUUCGACACAAUAUGUUUUGAAUAGAGUGAGCAUAGAUACAGAGCGAGAACAGUAUUAUGCCCGCGGGGCCAUGAGUUGUGUCAGUGUGUGGACAAAACUGUUCUGUGUUGGCUGUGGUAAAAUUUUAACCCAAUAUGAUCAAUUUACAAAUUUUUUUAAGUUGUAUACUGGUUUUUUGUUUUAUUAUGACUAGUGUUUGUAGACAUAUAUUUACAUUUCAUAAGAAGACAAUAAUACAGUGAAAGUCCGUUGUUGCGAAUACGGUCUAUAACGUAAAGUCCGCUAUAACGAUAAUUGCCAUCGGCACCGUCAGUUUUGCAAAUGCUGCGUAGGAUAAAAAUUUCGGAAAUAAUGAAUGCAGCGUGGGCUCAUUUUCGCUAUAGCGAUAGAUUACACACCUGUAAUUAUGCCCUAAAACAAUAAGAAAACAUCUACAAUUUCCUUAAUAAAUGAGAAACAGCUUCACACAAUUCCACGCGUCCGGCAAAUGAAACAACGCGCAUGAUGUGGCCGUCUUGGCAACACCGCACAAGGUAGGGGGCCCCACAGCGAGCAUAGCUUGCCUCGCGGCGACAAAAGCAAGUGUCGUUAACCCACUGCGACAGGGCCCGGCUGCGAGCAUUACUUAUUUAGAAUCUCGCCGACUGUAGCCCGUAAAUGAGCAUAACUCGUCUCACACUUGCAUCGUAAGCAUUGUGUACGGUGUAGUUACGGGGAGUUGACGAACACGGAAAUUGUCGAGCUCGUCUCUUCUAAUCAAAACGAAGCGGCGUCUGAAGAUGAUGACAAUAAUGACGACGAACCAAGUGACGUAUCUGUUCCGUCAAAAACGUCGGUGAUGGAGGCACUUGACACAAUCAGUCGUUUUUAUCAGCAUACAAAUGCUUCAACGAAAGAUUUGAUGAACUUCCAAGAGGUCCAGUCGUUUAUUUUGUCCGAAAGUUUAGUGAAAUCAAGGCAAAUGAAAAUUGAUUCGUUUUUUAAAAAGUGAUUUUUAAUUUUGUGUUAUUUUCCAAGGGUCUGUACGAGUGAUUAUUUUUGUGUUACUGACCAAUUGUCGGAAAAAUUAUUUUAUAUAAUUUGUAUGGUUGUUCAACGUAAUUAGAGAUUUUUAAAAUUUUUUUUUUUGUGUUUGACAUUUUUCAUAGGUGUCAACAUGAGUAAUAAUGUGACAAAUUUUAAAAUAAAUUUCACUACAUCUUUGAGUUUACAUAUUGUUAGUAAGUAUUCAAAACUCCGCAAAUAUGCACCCGAUAUCAUCAGCUUAGCGCACAUGUCUCCAGCAAACCAGCUGCGGUCAAAGCGACAGGAAGCGGCCGGCAUGACCUUGCGUGACCCCGCCCGCCCGACGCCAUGUAAACAAACAGCUGUGCGCUUAGCCACGAUGUGCGUGACGGCCUUAUCACGGCCACGCGGUCUCAUAUUUCGCAGUCGGCAAGUGCUGAUAUAGCUUAAAAAUGUUAUUUUAGUAAGUUUUAUGUAUAUUUCCUUUAUUUUUGUUGUGAAUUUCCAUAGUAAAAAACAAGCGAGAAAAUAAUAUAUUUUUAAAAUGCUACAAAAAUAAGAUUUUUUUCAAAUUUUGGCUAUAACGAAAAUUCGCUAUAACAUAAACUUUUGGCGCCGUUAUAAAUUUACGUUAUAACGGACUUUUAGUGUAUGAUAAAGUAUGAUUUAAAGCAGUUUUAAAAUACAGGUUAGGCUUUAUUGCCAUGGUUAUGUUUACAUAACACAAAAUUCCCUCUGCUGUUUUUAUAUAAUUCCUUGAUUCUGAUUGGUCCAUUGAAAGUGUCACAUGUUUUUUGGCUACUAAAGUUUAUAUGCACUACACACCUCUAUUCACUACUGUAUGUAUUUUGUCUACAAAAAUACUUUCAUUUUUGUUCUUUUAGGUUUUAGUUUUGUGAUCUUUUAAGAAAAAAUGGCAGAGUCGAGCCGAAUUCAGUAAAGUACCAUGGACUCGAGUCCACACUCCAUUAGUUUUUGGUUGAGUCGAGUUGAGUCGAGUUGAAUACUUUACAUAUUUAGUGAAGUGCAAGUAGUUGCAAAAAUUUUUGAGUAUGAUUUUAAUUUUGUGGUGAUUAUGUAAAUGUAUCUUUAGCACCAUAUUAAACUAUGUAUAUAUAUAUAUUUCUUCUACGUGAUAGUCAUCAUAAGUAAAUUAUAACUAUCAAUCAUAGCAACUUAUUUCUUUUAAAAUUGAGUAUAUUAUUUCUACUAGGUAAUGGACUAACUCAUUAGUUGAGAAGUCAAGAAAAUUAUGUGGUUUAAUAAAUUAUAAAUUAUAAAUAUCAUUAAUAAUUUUCACAUAGUUGUUCUUAUUUUUAAUAAUUUUUUCCUCCAAUUGACCUAUACUCCCGACUAUGUGAGUUUUUUUAGCAUCCAUUUGAAAUUGAGAAUCACCUUUUUGCAAGAUAAUCAAGCUACAUUAGAAGUACUCAUAAAUGCCAUUUUUGAAAUUUUGACAUUUUUUCUUGAAAAAAGUAGGUACUUUCAACAAGUACUUGUUUUAAGCACUAUUAAAUUGACAUGUUAACAAUAACUGCACAUAAAAUAUAAUAUCAAAACAAUAACUGUAAACAAAAAAUAGUUAACUCAGUAUUUUUUGUUUUCCUUCUGCCAUUUUCUAGUCAGUGACGAUUGUUCCGAUUUUAAAAUCAUUAAUACUUAUGCAUUUUCAAAUGUAUUGUCACAUAUUUAAAAAAGUCAAUAAUCUAGGUGUCAAAUACGUAAGGUUUGUUAAAAACAAAGUAAAGCUAUCUGCCGUUUUAACUAGAUAAUCAGAUAUGAAGAUACAUGCUAUAAUAUAACAUUCAUGUAUGUGCUGAAUAAUAAUACGUUUUAUUGCCAUGGUAGUAGAAAAAAAUGUACAUUCGAGACAUAAAAAUAUUUUAUUUUUAAAAUUUAUUUGCUGUGUUAAAAAUAUAUGAUUUACAGCCUGCCAUUCCGAAAUGGCUUUGUUUUUCAGUGAUUUGAAACAUGAGAAGCAGGAUUAACUUUUAUUUGGCAGUAAAAUAAUGGAAAAUUAACCAUACUUUGAGAAAACCAUGCGAAUGUAAAUAUGAAAUUAUGCUGUGAAGUGUUUGAAAAUACUGGUUAUUGAUUUUAUUUUCUUUGCUAUUGUCAGAUUUGUAUCCGUUUUAUGAAAAAUACCGUAGAGUCUCAUCCCGUAGAGUACAAUGAACUUUAUUUCCGGACCAAGUCAAGCUUUAGCCACUCGCUCAACUCGACUGGAGUUUUCAAGUCUCGGCCCAUCUCUACUUUUUAGUAAUGUUAUGCACUUGACUUGAGACAUUUAUUUUGAGUGACAACACAGAUGUUGUUUUUGAUGAUUUCAAACAGUGUGUUGUGCUCCUUUCACACUUGCUCACAGUUUCGCUUGUGCUUAGUGCAUCAUAUGUAGCAGUGACAUUUGAAUUUAGCUCAGUGGCUAGCCUGCGUACACUUUGAGUGUUUUCCAUGUCUUUCAUAAUAUUGUGUGUGUCAUCGAAUUAUGUAGUGGCAAAGGAAUGAAAAACAUUUCUUUAGGUCACACUUUGUGUUUGUGUAGAAUUUUUUUCUAAUUAGUUUUAAAUGUUUCUGGUACAUAACAUUUUUAUUUUGCAUCUCUCUUAUUCUUACUGAGCUGUAUUAUCUAAGAGUGAAAUAGUGGUGGUACCAAGUUGGCAAACUCAACACAAAAUGAAGUUGCAAGUCGCAUGGAUAUUUCGUCGGCGUUUACCUCCACAGCGAUGUCGAAGCUGCAUUGAGUCGAGCAGAUCUGAAGAAACAGCAGUGCUGCACGUGAUAUUUGUAUUCUGAUGAUUGUUGUAUAACACUUUUCUGUGCUUUGAAAGUGCAGGUCAGUUGCCCCUGCGAAGGACAUUUUCAACCUUAAAUGAAAUAUUGUCUAUUUUCAUCUCCCUUGAGUUGACAGUGAUAACAGUUUAGAAGUUGUAAUGUCACCCUGUUUUCAUUGACAAGAUCUCUUUGUGUGUGCACAUUGUGUGGGAUGCAUGCUCUCUACUGGCAUUUCCGUGAACAUUCCAAGAGUAAGUGGAACUGUAAUUGUUUAUCUAAAUACACAUAUGGAAGCAAUUCUGGCAAAGUUCGUUAUUGACACACACUCGUACAGGUUCUCUGCAAGGAGUGAAGUGUAUAACACAGUUACGAGAGUUUUAGGGUUGGAUAGCAGUUGUAACAUUUUCCAUGGUUGAUUUUAAUUUCUGAAUGUUUUUGAAAAUUUUCAAUGCACAAAAUACAGCAUGGAAUGGUUGCAAAUAUACAUUAGGAACCAACUGCAGUUUUUAAAAUCAAAUACAUUGCAUUUUUAACUUAUAUAAAUUCUGCUCUUUUAUUUUGGAAAUUAAUAUUAAGAAUUUAUGUGGCAGUGAUAGAAGUUGAAAGUUUUAUGUGUGAGGUUUUGUGAAAAUGGCUGUAGGUAAUAAAAUGUGUUUUUUUUUUUUGUGGUUCCUAAUUAUAUAACUGCAUCUAAAUGAACUUCUAAUAAUGUUAUAUGUAUCACUGAUUCUAUACAAUAUUUCUUGAAGGAAACCUAACUGCUUUUAACAGGCUUGGAAAAAAAUCUCUCCUGUCAAGCCUUAGUUAUUUCCCCAGGAUUGAUGAUGUCUACAUUGCUAAGAUGUUUCACCUACAUGCCAGAGCAGGUGGGGUACUUGCUUGUAUAAAACAUAUUAUUGGAUAAGUUUAUAUAAAUUAUAAAUUUACUUUUGUAAGAUGGAUGAUUUUUAAAUAGUUUUAUAAACAGUAGUGUUAUUUACACAAUGCCUUGCAAUGUGUACACAGUGCUCAAAGUCUGUCCUGUCAUGUACACCCCAUCAUCUGCACGUAGCUUAGACACACAAUUACUGUAUGUUCAGCUUUGUGCUAGUGUCAAGGUUGUUACAAACUGAUCUGUCUUGGCGUGUUCACGGAAAAGCCCCAUGCUAGCCUCUAUGGUUGUAACCGACCUAUAUGUGCUCUGUAUGUGGUGCGUAUUAUUGCUAUUGUCAUUAUAACAGGAUUUGUUUGCUUUUUUUAUUGACAUUUAUUUAUUGCUACUUUUUUGUAACAAUGUUUUGUAUUUAGUGACAUCACAAAUGACACUGUGCAGGCAGCUUGGUACAAAGAAUUUUGAUAUUCUUAGAAAUAAUUUCCAGAUAAAAAUCCCCCAAAAUGUUGAAAAUUUGUUAUGUUUGUUUAGAUUUUUUUUAAAAGCUAUGAAAUAUAUUUUUGAAAACAAACAAUUUGAUUUUAUGUGAAACGUUGAUAGAUGUUUGUAUUUUCUUUUAAAUGUAGUAACAAUUGAAACUCUUUAAGUAGAUAUUGGCUUUAUCUUUCAGUUAGUUAUGAAUAAGAAAAUUGUGAUUUGUUUAAGCAACGUAAUGAUGUAGUAUUUUAAUAAAUAAUGCAUUGUGUUAAUUUUUAUAAGGUGUUUUGAAAAAUACAUUAUCUUCUUUUUAUAAAAAAACUUUGUCUGGUACUCUUGUGUUGACAUUUUAUGUACUCUCUUUGAAAUAUAAUACGUAGUUUGCAUAAACAUUUAGCUGGUGCUUAAACUUGUUUUAGGGAAUGUUACAUACCGUACAGUAUUUACUCGCAGAUAGGUUGCCCCUUCGUAAUUCGUAUGAGUUGCACUCUUUAUUCUGGGCAAAAAAAUCUUACUUUUUCACCCUAAGAAUCACUGUCAAAUAUGAGUUGUGCUAUAAAUAUGUCUCCAUUAGAAUACAAGUAAAGUCUUUAUGGCAGAUUUUUUUUCCUAACCUAACUUAAAGCUAUGAGAGUGCGGGAGAAGUCUGUGUAGGGAAGACUCUUAAGUGUGUCUCAGGCCGAUGCCUAUACGCUCUAAUCAUGCAAGUGGUAAGCCAUGCAGGAGAGGUAGCAUGCAUCAUGUGCUAGGAGGGGAUUGGCCAGCCAUGGCAGCAAUUAACCUAAAACUAGAUAAGUUGGGCCCAGGUAAAACCUGCAUAGGCACAGGAAAAACCCUGGGCUCAUUCAUGCGGGGUGCUAAAGUCAUGCAGUAGGUAUGUGUGCAGGUAGGUUACGGGAAACAGAAGGAUGGAUUUGGAUGAAGAGGUGGACAGAGUAGAAAAAAAUUCAACCAUUCAGGGGUUGGGCACUUGGACAUUUCUGUCCGCAUUGGGUUGGGUGUAGCUGGUGGUUUUUGGGGCGACUUUAUUCGUUUCCCGCCAGGCUGCCAGCCAGCCUAAACUAAAUUAAGAAGGGUAAGUUAGAUGUACUCUUGUGAAUUUAAAUAUAUAAAUAAACAUUAAAAUAUGUUUGAUUCAAUAGCUUUUUUUUAAAUUUAGUUUUUUUGUCACGAGGUGGUGCAUCGGGCCUACACUCAGGAGUGGAUAGAGCUUCAGGUUGACCGAGGUCGGUUAGAGAAAUUGUCCAGUCCUUCAUCGCGAGGCCCUAGCCUCAGCUUCUACGCAUUCCUGGGCUGACGGAGUGUGCGAGUAUAUGGGGGACGAUGGUGUUGGAGGGAGCCUUAAAGAUAAAUUUAAUUAAGUUAAAACUAAACGUAACUUAAACUACAGCAUACAUGUGUGCAGUGCGCUGGUAUUCUGUAAUACAAUUGGACGCACACUGCCUUCCCCUGUGAUAAGCACAUAGGCAGGUUUAUUUCCGCCAGUCCGGCGGGUGUACACGUGCCCAGGGCUGGCGGGAGACAGUUCCCGUGUCUCAGCUCGCUCCCCACUCUCCCUCGGCUGAACUCUCGCCAGCUAAAAAUACAAAGGAAAAUUGUUUCCCAUCCCCUUGUUUUUUUUUUUACCCAUCACAUAGUCUUCCCUAAAACAGAAAAGAACAUUGGCUAUUAAAUUUUUUUUUUUUUCACGUUCUUCAAUAAUAACAGGCAUGCUGUUUACAGCAGUUUUGUCAUGAAUGUAAUGUUGCAGUAGAAAGCGUGGGAAAUCUUACACAAAAACAAUGUUCGGACACAGUUGCGUCUCAAUACGGUGCCAGUUCACGGACAUUCACAACGAAGAUUGAGAAGGGGGGGGGGGGGGGGGGAACCAUAAUCACUGCUGCAUGGCCACACACACACACACACACACACACACGUACUCCCCUCCCCCCUCUUGCGGAGAUCAGCAGGGCGGCAGACAGCCACGUCACUUACUGGGGCGGGUGGGGUAUCUGCCCGCAGGCGGCAGAUGUAGCUAUUUUAACUAAACAAUUUAUAUAUUUACUCGUGACAUAUUUAUUAAAAACCAACAUAGGCUAAUUAUUUAAAAACGUAGUCAACCAUAACAGUGCAAUGUUCAUUUUUUUUUUACCCAAAAUGGAAAAUUUGCAUAUGUGUCACAGUACAUUUUAUAAAACAAACAAUUGGUUUAAAAUCUGUAACCCAUAUGCGGGUAAAUACGGUAUUUACCAGAAUAAGCCUUGUGCCCACAAUAUUUGGACCACAACCAAAAAGAUUUUUUGUUAAGAAUAAGUAUUACACCAAACCUUUAAAACCAGAACUUGUGACCCAAUUCCAUAUUUCUAUAAAUGUUUAUUCUGGACUCAGGCACUUAUUAAAAUUGAUAAAUCGCUUUUAACUAAUCAGCCUAGCAUUCUUGGUGUUGACAUCUGCUAGUAAAUUCUCCAGCACUCUAUUUUUGCCACAAGAGUUUCAUUAAAUGUAUUGACACAAACACACACACAUACACAUACAUAUAUAUAUAUAAUUUAUUUAAUAGUGGAUGAUAACAUGAUAACUGUGAUGCUAGGAAAAAAAAAGCAUCAUGGGUAUAAAAAUGGAUACUGCCUGCAGUUAUUUUGUUUAAAGCAGUGAAACGCCAUUUGUAUUUCAGCCAGGAAUGGCCCAAAUUAAUGUUACCUUACAAAUAUUAUAAGUAGAAAUAAUUUUUUAAUAAUUUUAUUUUUAGGCUAAUUUUGUUUUUUUAAAAGGGGUAUUUUUGUGUGUGUUUUUUUUUAUGAAUUCUGUAUUUCACCAAAACAGUUUCAUUUUGACUGAUUGUGAUAUCUUUUAAAACUAUAAUAAUUUAUAAGAAGCAUGCCUAACUACACAGAACAAGAAUAAUUAAUUGGCAAAUAUUUGUGCAUUUGAAAAAUGCACCAAAUCCAUAAUGUAAAAUUUAAUUACUACCAGCAACAGUUGCAAGAUAAAGAAAGUAUAAUAUUUCAAAUCUAUUUUGUACAUAUAUUUUGGUACAAAUUUCCUGCUAAAUAAUUUACACUGUCUGAAUUGAACAAUUUAAAAGAAUAGUUUUCAUGAUUUAAUUUUUGGUUAAAGUUGCUGAUUAAUUUCAUGAUUUUUGUUGCAUUUCGGAGCUUUGUGUUUUAUUAACUUGGAUUUCAUUGUAGGAUAGUGUCCUGACAUGCCUUUCGAAGUUAUUUCAGUUUUAUCGCUAUUCAUCAUAUAAUCUUAUUCUUGAUUGUUAAAAUAAAUAAAGUGAAAAUUGCUGAAACAUUCGCAACAAAUUCUCAUCUUUCAAAUAAAAUUUUAAUUGCAGUACCAUCAUCACUAAAUAAAUUUUAUUUCUUCCCUCCAGUCAUGAAUACAACAUUCCAAGGCAACGUACGUUCUUCCCUCAGCAAUACGUAUUUCCCAUUUUCUGAGCCACUUUUAAUCUAAUUUUGUUUUUUCAGCAACUGUUGAUAAUCGCAAAUGUAAAUCCUUGGUAACAUUGUAAUAUCUUUCUCGUAAAAAUACACUCGCUAACCAUGUGCAAGAUUUCUGUCAUCCAUUAAGUAAUAGCAGGUUAACCAACCUUGGAGCUUGAUUGAACUUGUGCAAGAAUUGGGUAAAAGUUCCGUAUCAUCUAUACAAGGUAAUCUCUUGAUUACGAUGGCAUUAUCCUAUAUGCAUUGAUCCUGUGGUACAUGGUGCUUGCUGUUUUAAUUUAGUACGUCAAAAGAUCCUGACCUAACAAAUAAAACUUGUGAAAUAACAAUGAAUAAUGAUUGUAAGUUUAAUACAAAAAAUAUUUUCCAUUUUAUUCAACUUACGAUCAUAAAUUAUUGUUAAUCACAAGUUUUUGUUAUUUGCAGGAUCUUGUGACAUAUUAAAUUAAAACAGCAAGUUAUCAUGUACCACAGGACCAAAAUGUACAGGAACAUGCCAUCAGGAUCAAGGGAUAAACGUAGAUAUGUGAUACGGAACUUUUACCAAAAAUUGUGUACUUUAAUCUCUUACUUGACUAAUGACUAAUGUGUUCCUAAAAUUGUUUGUUUUAUAUGAAAUCGUGGAAUCUGAAGCAUUAGUCUUCAUAAAUAGCAAGACUAAUUUAUUUAAUGUGUUAAAAAAUGUGUAGGGAAAUAUUAUUUAAAUAGUAUAAAUGCAAAGAAUAACACUCACAAUAAAUAUGUCACACCAUUUAUCUUUAUUAGCCUACCAUCGAAUACUUUGUAUGACAAAUAUGACAACCGCAUAACGGCAGAUAGUUAUCGUUAGUCGGCUGGUUGGCUUUCCACAAACUGUCCAAACCAUCCUUUACUGGUAGUGAAACCAAUAUUACUGUUAGGAUAUUUACAUUUUAAGUUUUCAAAAAUUAAAGUGCUUAUUCGCGUAUCACUGCUUGGUUCACAUCAAUCCUGUCAGGUCCGUAAUUUUUUUUCAUUGCACCAUUUAUUUAACAACCUUUUCCAUGUGAAUCACCUGUUCAUUUCUGUUCUGGUAGCUAAUGUCAAAUAUAUUCCCACUAGUACAACCAACAACACCAGACUUAUAUAAACGUUUGAUAGAGUCCUUAUUUCGUACAACAGUUGACUUCCUUAACACUAAAGUGCGACCAACAUAAGUGUGGCCUUCAUGACAUUCUACUUCUAGUUUUGUCUCAAAUACUUGAACACAAUUUGUGUGUGCGAGUUCCCUGCCACUGGCUAGACUGAGUUCACGGCCCGGUCUGUGGCCGGGAGACAACGGUACAACACGGCGGCAUACGCGCGGACGUAAAAACAUUUGGUCCUUUACACUCCGUAGCCGCAACUUAACUUGCCACAGCUGAUGUUUGUACAACAGCCUAUAGCGCAGUCAGAGCUGCGCGCUCAUCUCUUCCCCCUUCGUGUAGCUAACCGUAUCCCAUGGCACAUCUGUUGUUUACCGAUUUGAAGCAGACUUCGUGGUGUCAUCUCGACUUUUUUUUGCCCGUAGCGAUUUCAUGCUAACUAAAAUUUACAGACGUGCUAUUCAAGACUGGGGCAGUAAAAUUAACAUAGUGCUAAAUGAAUUGCGCAAUUUAAAGAUGUGCUAAGUGAGGAAUUGGUGUACUGUUUAUUUUGGAAAUACAGUAUUUUACUGUCAGUUAUAUUUUUGUGUUAAAUUGUUUGCUGUCAAUAGCAUAUCUUAUGGUAGUGGCUACAGAAAUGUGGUUCUGUGUAAGGAAAGGGAUAUUGCCUUAACUUCACCACUGAUUAAGACUAAAAGUUUUUAUUUAUUAAUUUAUUUUAACAGUAAACCACAAAGUUUCAGGAGGCUCUGCAUAUAAAUCAUACCUUGUCUCGGGAGGAGUGGUUCCGCUACCCUUGCCUUCUGAAUAUGUCGACUAAGUGGAGACUCUGGCUUUUGAAGGGGAAGGGGCGUUGAUUGAGUAGUAAGCCUAUUCUCAACUACUGCUACAGAUUCUAAAAUCAAAACUUUCACUUUAAAAUCAGCUGUAGUUAUUAUUUUAAUUUUAUUCUGGCAUAAUAGUGAUACACUGUUCAAUAAACCAAGCAUGUCUGCACAGUAAUUUUUUUUUACCUUCAGAUCCACCUAUUGUCUCGUGUGUGUAGUUAAUAUUUGCCUCAAGUGUUGGCUGUUUGUUACUUUGUACCAGUGUACGCUAUUAUUUGAGUUUUAAAUGUUUUGUAACACUUCAUGUUUCUUAAUUGGAUUGUUGUUUAUUGUAAUUAUUUCGAUACUUUGUCAUGCAUGUGAGACUAGUGGCUGUACAAAUUGUAUGUAUACUUUGUUUUCAUAUAAAACAUUUUAUUAUUUCCUAUGAGGAUAA